AUGCGGCAGUCCUACUGCGAGAUGAUCGAGGCGGCUGGCGAGAAGCUGCGGCUGCCGGCCUACGCCGUGGGCAGCGCGAUGUACUUCGCGCACCUGUUCUACGCCUCGCGCAGCAUGGGCCGCAACGACCGCUUCCUGGUGGCCACGGCGUCGCUGUACCUGGCGUCCAAGGUGGAGGACCCUGUGCGGAACGUCAUGGAAGUGGUUUCCACAUGCUUCGCGCACAGGCACAGGGGGGAGCCGGACGCGGUGCGGGCGUUCCGGGAGGACAAGGGGGCCCAAGGGGCGCUGCGGGAGGGCGUGCUGGAGGCGGAGACCGCGCUGCUGCACGCGAUCGGGUUCGACUUCCGGGUGGAGCAGCCGUACCCUCACCUGGUGGAGUUCGUGGGCGUGCUGGGACUGGCACCGGAGAGAGACCCGGGCGCGCGCGACGCGGCGCAGGCCGCGUGGGCGCUGCUGGACGACUCGCGGCGCACCACAUUGUGGCUGCAGUAUGGCGCGGCCACGCUGGCGGCCAGCGCGCUCAUGAUGGCGUGCCGCCUGUGCAAGGUGGAGGCAGACUGGUCGCCAGUGUGGCAGGCAAUCGGAAAGGACGGCCGGCACCAUGUGGCGGACGCAUGCUCCCAGCUGGCCGACCUGUAUGAGCCCGGGGCCUGUGGCGAUCUCCACAUGUGCAUCAGUCACCAUGACAGCAACGCAGCGACGCCUGGGCACGGCACGCCAUCAGUGCCCACAAGCUGA